GUCAGAUGAACUACUGAAUUAUGCAUGUCAUCCUUCAAUUGCUUUUUGCAUCUUAAUCUUCCAGCCUUAUACUGUAAAAACUCAAAUAAAGAAAUUGAUGCUAAAUGACCAUUUGAGAAAACAUUUUCACCUGAAUAAUCCAGAUUGAUUGUAAGUGAUGAUCAUCUGCUAAAUGAGCAACAGCGACCACAAUUCACACCUUCAGUCAGUGAAGCCACUCCCACAGCCGUUGAUGAGAGUUUAAAUGCUGGGGAAUAUUCCCAACUUCCUACAGGAGAAGAAGGAGCAAGCAGGAGGAAUUACUCCAGGAGAAACUACUGACAUACUAUUGUAAAGAUGGAGUUUGAGGAAGAACCCUGCAGUAUGAGAGAUGAAGAGACAGAGGAACAAACAGACCCAAUGGAAGUGAAUGAAAACAAACAACAUCGAUCUCAAAAAUCACAUCAUUUCACAAUUGCAGAUGGAAACACGGUCAUUCCCAAGACUAAAAAGAAAUUCACACACAAAAAAGGUGGGAAAUCUGGAGUCAAAGGACCUUUCACCUGCUCUGAGUGUGGAAAGAGUUACACACAUAAACCAGACCUUAACAGACACAUGAGAUUUCACACUGGAGAGAAUCUGUUAACAUGCACUCAAUGUGGAAAGGAUUUCACAGAGAAAGGAAAGUUGGAUGUACACAUGAGAGUUCACACAGGAGAAAGACCGUUCGCAUGCACUCAGUGUGGACAGAGUUACGCACAUGAAGCAGACCUUAAGAGACACAUGAGAAUUCACACUGGAGAAAGACCAUUCGCAUGCACUCAGUGUGGAAAUAGUUUCGUUGACAAAGCAUGCUUAAAAGAGCACAUGACAGUUCACACUGGAGAAAAACCGUUCACAUGCACUCAGUGUGGAAAGAGUUUCACUCAGAAAAGAGUUCUCCACAAUCAUCUGCGCUCUCACUCUGGAGUGAGAUCAUUCAGCUGUGAUCAGUGUGAUAAAACAUUUGUUUUGUCAACAUACUUAAGAAGGCACCUUAAAGUUCAUACUGGUGUGAAGCCUCACAUUUGUUCUUUUUGCGAAAAGGGUUUUAUAGAUCUACAAAAGUUAAAAGACCAUGAGCGGAUACAUACUGGUGUGAAACCUUAUGUUUGCUCUGACUGUGACAAGACCUUCACUACAUCCAGUGGCUUAAAAGUGCACCAGAGAAUUCAUACUGGAGAGAAGCCGUACAAAUGCUCACACUGUGGAAAGGGUUUCUCUUCCUCUUCAUACUUGAAAUCUCAUGAGAAAAUUCAUACUGGAGAAAAGCCACACCAGUGCUCUUCAUGUGGGAAGAGUUUCAACUACUUACCUAAUCUGCAGUUACAUAUUAGGAAGAAGCGUUGCCCAAAGUUGUCCAAAUGAUGAGUUUCAUGUUUAACACUCGCAAGUAAAUGCUUAAGAAUAAGCAUAAACUGGAAUUAGACCGAUUUCAUCUAAGAAGAUAAUUAGUUAAAAAUUAACAAGUGAAGUUUGAUCUUUUGACAAAGGAAAAUUUUAUUUUAAAUUUAUCUUGAUCAUUUCUAAAACAUCUUGAACAUUAGUUCAUUAAAUUAUCAUCUAUAUCACAAAAAAAAGUUUUUUUUUUUUAGCUUAGCUGUUCAGUGAAGCAUUGAGAACAUAUUGGAAAUGCGUUCUUGUGUUGAAAUCACUCAAGAGACUAUAUGAAUGUUCAUGAGCUGAUUUAUGGUGUUUGAAACUGUGAACAAAAUAUAUCAAAAUCAUUCAAGUUGUGGUAUGGGGUAGGCUAGCUUAUGGUUGAAUGGGGUUUAUUAAUAGUUGUUUGUUGUAUCUAUGGCAUCUUAAAUGUUUUGUGUAAUGUAAUGAUUGCGCAUUUUGAAAAUAUGUGAAAUAAAAAUUUUAGUUCACCUGA